UUCAGGGGAAAGGGGUUGACAAAUAUGGCAGCGGCCAACGUAGACAAUAUUUGCCACAUAGUGUUUUGUUGGGUGUGUUCACAGACAUUCGUGUCAAAAUAGCCUUCUGAGAGAACUGUCGUUUGUCAGUUGGCUCACCUGCCGUUGUCAUGGUAACGGCUACCUGUACAGAGCCGAUGUUAUAGCCACGCAGCUCGACAUGUUGGUGAUACGUCCGAAUAUACGGUUUUUGGUGGUCCUGGUGGCUUUCGUCGGCUGCCUGCUCUUCUCUGUUCAUCUGGUCUUCUUCGAGAGUAAAGUGGACAGGAACGUGGACGAGACUUGCGGGCUCCUUUCUCCACAAGAUUGACAUCAUCCUUCUGUCCGAGCAGAGCGUAGGGCAACUUCACAAGAAGAUACGGGAAAGGGCAAAGGAUGAACGGAAGGAGAGGGAAAGACGAGAAGAACAGGAGAAGGCAAAACAAGAGGAGCAGAAACGUCUGGAGAAACUAGCGAAACAGCAGAAGGAAGAAGCGAACAGCCACCUGGGAGAGGAAGCUGAAGACAAGCCUCCCCCGAAACCGAAGUUGAGUCAAGAGCGGCUGGACCAGAUCGCCAAGGCGGUGUCACACCUGCGGAAGGCGGACGAGAAACUGCCGUUCGAGAGGAGAGCGAAGCUGUGGAAGAUGGCCUAUGAGCGGGACGAUAAAUACAGCUUUUCGGAUUGUGAGGACAUGGAGGACUCCAUCGCCCGGAACCUGCCGGAGUCGCCCUGGUUCUCGGAGCGGUACAUGGAUGACCUGAAGCUGUUCCUGGACACGGAGGACAUCGACAACCCGUACACCUUCCAGAAACUACGUCACUAUGGACUGCCGUUCGGCUUCGGGGCACAGAAACGGGACGUCAUGGCGCGGCUGGUACACAAUGACAACUUCACCAAUGACGACAUCCACGGUGACUACCGCAAAGCGUGCCUGACCUGCGCAGUGGUGGGGUCCGGCGGAGAACUGAAAGGUGCAGGGAUGGGUAAAGAGAUAGACAAACACGACUAUGUGUUCAGGUUAAACAAGGCGAUGACGGGCUCCCAGUACUGGCCCGACAUCGGGAACAAAACCACCUUCUACACAUUCUACCCGGAGUCCAACUUCGUACAUCUUCUGAACGACAAAGAAAAUGUUGUCUACCUUUAUGCGGGGUUUAAACAGUACGAUAUCGACUACAUCACUGCAGUGGUGGAAGGGGAACCCAUGCCCAAAAUCAAGGCCAACAACAGAUACUGGUCGGUGCGCAACCCGAAGAUCCACGGACGGCAGUUAAAGCUCUUCCACCCCGACUUCCUGCGGUACAUCCACGUGUCGUACCUGAACCACACCGGGGGUCGGCCCACCACAGGCGCCAUGCUCGUCUUUACAGCUGUGCACAUGUGUGACAAGGUUGAUAUUUACGGGUUCGGGUACAACCCACGGUUCUCUGCGCACUACUACGACUCCACCUUCCACGAGCACACGGACAAGGGCACGGUCCACAACGGCACAAACGAGAGGCUGGUCUGGGAGCAGCUGCACGCAGACGGUAUCAUCAAUUGGUGGAAACGGGAUUCGGAAAGAUGACACAAGAUGGAAAGAUAAUAGACACUAUCGGUGCAAAAAUCUAUGCAAACACUGUACAGUAGUACUUUGGAGGGGGCUGUAAGAGACGGGAUUCGGACAAGAUGUUGUAAAGUCUAAAAGUAUGUACCAACAUUGUACUACCAUGGUUACUAGCAUAUUCAUGAUGCCAACGCCCGAGUAUCAACUGAUGGAAACGAGAUUUGAAAAGAUGACAGAUGAUGUAAAGACACUAGACACUGUGGUGCAGUUUUAUGGACUAAGAGUUACUACUUUGGUUAUAAGGGGUGGUGGGUUGGAAGAGACUCUGACAACGAGAAGCUCGAGAGCAUCCCCAUGCUGACAGUAUUACUAAUUAAUUGACACGGGUUUCGGACAAAUGACACAAGGAAUGAAGACACUGCUAAGUCUUGUGGGAUAAUGUAUGUUAUAUAAUGAGCUAUUUAAAAAUGCAAACACUUAAAUACUUUUGAGGGGCAUUGGAAUAGACUGACAACGAGAAGAUCCAGGGCAUCCCCAUGGUGACUGGUGGAAACGGGAUAUACGGACAGAUGGCACGGGAUCUAACAAGAGUUAGAAAUCACAUAAAAAAGACCAAGUCUAAGAAUUUCUCCCUCGCCGGAAAACGGAUUUUAUAUUCGGAAAGAAGACGAGAUGUAACAUGAGUUAGGAUCUCAUAGAAGGCCAAGUCUAAGAAUUUUUGUGAACAUUGCACUCCCACUAGCAUCACGCUAUUUGGGGGAAACGUGGAAAGAUACUCUGACACCGUGAAUCUGGUGUGGAAUCGGGAGAAUCAUCAUGUGGACGGUGGCAUACGAUGUGAAGACACCAUUGAGUCUCCUGGACCAGCUAAUGAAGAGUUUAUAUGCAAACUGUGUAUCGCAUUAUAGCAUCGUUCUUGGAGGGAGAACAUUAAAGAGACUUGUUUGAGAGUAUCGUCACGCAGACAGCACAAUCAACUAUUACGGAUCUAUGCAAGGAUUGUCCCAAGGAAACUUGGGGACACUCGGACAACAUCCUAAUGUCCUACGGAAAAAGAACUUACAUGCAUAUGUUACGGAUUGCUCAUUGAUCAAAUGUUUAAGAUAUAAACCGACAUAUUCUAUGUAAUAUUUGUACGUUUUCAACUUUAAAAUUUGAACUCCUGUUUUUAUAUUAAGCAUAUUCUAGUCCAGUACAAAUGCAAUUAAGAUUAAUAUAUUUCAGUCGGCGACAUACUAUAAAUGCCUAUUGUGGCAAGAUAAAACGAUUCAUCAAAUCAUCAUAAACAUCACUUGGAGUCUUAUUCAUUUAUUUCAUACAUUUCAUAACAAAAGUGUAAAACCAUGUAGACUGGUGUCAAGUAUCACAUUUGCUUUCAGUUAGAGAUGCAACAAACGAGUUCCAACCAAGCUCCAAGUCUUUUCCGUACAAAAUGGUAAAAUACACCAACAUAUUGGGGUAUAUGAUCCCAAUUUGCCAAUACCAACAGCAUUCAGUGCCAUGGCUUAAAAAGUUUACUAAAAUAUCGUGCAUUUAUUUUGGUCCAAAUCCUUAUAUAAUUACAUGUAUAUAAAAUACAAAUAUUCAGCUAUAUUGCAUUUUAACCAUAACAAAAAUUAAAAGUCAUAUAUUACAAUAAGUGAGAUAAAGUAUAUCUGGAUAAAAUUGUGAUUGUCAGUAAAUAUACAUACAAAAGGAACC